CGCUAUCUCUCUCUUUUACAUGCAUAUUUAAAUACUUUAAAUAGUUGUCUGUGGAAACAUGCUAACUUUUGUUUUCUUAUCAAGAGCUGAAAGUAAGCGUUCUUCGUAAGUGAUACAUCUCCUACUCUAAAAUGUUUAAUCGAGACAAUGUCUGCCCUGUCGUGGUUGUCAUAACGUUUCGAGCAGUGAGUGACGAAAAGUUUAAGUGAAAUUUGAAAAAUGCCGUCGUUGAUUGAAUUGGUGCUGCAAGGGGGUCGACCGAACGCGUCGUGGUGGGCGAAGGACCUGGCGAUGGGGCUAUUGCGGGUUUUGCUGAAUCUGGUGUGUUUCCAAAGAUAUCAAUAUACGAGCGAGAUCCAGAUCCCUGGAUUUGUCAAUAUUAAACGCCGGCAACUUGUACGAGCGCUGCGUCGGCACGAGCGCGAGUUCCUCGAGGACGUAUGGGAGGAUAAUGGCCCGGACGGUCUUCAUUUAGACCUAAGACGUCUCUUCGGGCUCGAACCCUAUGAGGAACCCUAUGUGAUGGAAGAAUCGUGGAACGAGCCUCCGAGCAAGAGACGACACAGAUGUAAGAAUAAUUCAAAUCUCUAUUGGAGUCAGAAGGCUGAAGUAAGAAUUGGUGGAAUGCGUACUGAAGACAUUGAUGUGAGAAAGGAGUCGGGCAAGGUCGCCGCUGGAUUCCCCGGAUCAACGCCCAAGGACUGCUAG